UGGGUUCAGUGUUAGACGGUCGACGUGAUCUAAGUCGAGGGUUGGUGCGGGCGGCGGCCAGUCAGUGUCACCAUGGAGGAGAUAGGUAUAACUGUGCCCACUGAGAAGGUGGAAGAAACGGUUGAUGUGAAAGGUCCUGUUGUCGGCGGGUUUACAGUGGUGAGCGAUGAGUCCGCGCGGGAUGACUACAACACCUACAAACGCCUCCUGCAGAACCUGGAGUACUUACGUGUUCAGGAAGACUAUAUUAAGGAUGAACUACACAAUCUAAAGAAGGAAUACAGACAUGCACAAGAAGAGGUUAAAAGAAUUCAAAGUGUACCAUUGGUAAUUGGACAGUUCCUGGAGGCAGUGGAUCAAAACACAGGUAUCGUUGGAUCGACCACCGGCUCCAACUAUUACGUCCGAAUCCUAUCGACAAUAGAUCGCGAAUUAUUAAAGCCGUCAGCGUCUGUAGCACUCCAUAAGCACAGUAAUGCCCUCGUUGACGUCUUACCCCCAGAAGCAGACUCCUCUAUAUCUAUGUUACAAGCAGAUGAGAAGCCCGAUGUUGCCUACUCAGAUAUCGGAGGUCUGGACAUGCAGAAGCAAGAAAUUAAGGAAGCUGUAGAACUCCCUCUCACACACUUUGAUCUGUAUAAGCAGAUUGGCAUCGACCCUCCCAGGGGUGUGCUCAUGUUUGGACCUCCUGGCUGUGGUAAGACCAUGCUGGCUAAGGCUGUGGCACAUCACACCACGGCAUCGUUCAUUCGCGUCGUCGGUUCAGAAUUUGUGCAGAAGUAUUUGGGCGAGGGACCGCGCAUGGUGAGGGACGUGUUCCGACUAGCCAGAGAAAAUGCCCCGGCCAUCAUCUUCAUCGAUGAGAUUGAUGCCAUAGCCACAAAGAGAUUUGAUGCUCAAACUGGUGCUGAUCGUGAGGUGCAGCGUAUCUUGCUGGAGUUGCUCAACCAGAUGGAUGGUUUUGACCAGACAACCAAUGUUAAGGUGAUUAUGGCGACAAACCGAGCCGACACUCUGGACCCUGCUCUCUUGCGGCCCGGACGACUGGAUCGAAAGAUUGAGUUCCCAGUGCCGGAUAGGCGACAGAAGCGUCUCAUUUUCACAACCAUCACUGGAAGAAUGAACUUAAGUGACGAUCUUGACCUAGAGGAUUAUGUGGCACGUCCAGAUCGCAUCUCAGGAGCUGACAUCAAUGCUAUUUGUCAGGAGGCUGGUAUGCAUGCAGUAAGAGAGAAUAGGUAUAUUGUCUUGGCCAAAGAUUUUGAGAAAGCCUACAAGAACAACGUCAAGAAAGAUGAGUCUGAUCAUGAAUUUUAUAAGUAAGAUUUAUAUUGGUAUAUUAUUGUAUACCAAGAGUAACAAAAUAGUGGUUUGAAUGCUGUGGAUUAGUUUCAUGAACGAUUUUGUCUGCAGAAUGGAAUGUAAGUUUUGAUUAUUUCAAUAUAGGAUUAAACUCCUUGUAUAUCGUGCUAACCUCCAUCUCGUUAUCACCACAAAAGAACUGUACUAUGUAGUCUUGCAAGUUUGCAGUUUAUAAGAUUAUAUGGUUUAUCAGAGCUGUUCUUAAUA